UAAAUAUGUUCACGGAAUUAUCACACCCAACACACUCUAUGAUAAUUUUCCCUUAAAUAUUUCUGAUGCUUUCUCUCCCCUCUUUUUAUUUGAUAUCUUCAGAGCUCCUUUAGAACUCAAACUGCCUUCAGUUUUGACUUCAUCUGAGAAAUCCGUACACUUCCUCAACGAUGAUCCUUGGUACCCAUAUGCAUCCGACCCGGUUUCAGAUCCAACGGCCAUGCGUCCCUCAUUCCUCCAAUGCCACCCGAUAUCAGCCGCUUCUUUUGCCGCCAAAAUUCUCUUCCUUGUCCCCAGAUCGCUAUAUUGUAGGGUUUCCGAUUCGUACGGAUUUGAAUUUAUCAUUAACAGUUGCGAGCACAAGGUUUUCACUGGCCAGAUGUGUUUCCAAGAAGUUAUCCGAAUCGUUGGAACCGGAUCAGGAUCCGAGUUACGAACCCGAAGAACCAUCACAGUGGUUCCUUCCAAAUUUGUUGCAGAUGCGAGGGCAGAAGAAAGCUUCUAUUACUGAUAUCUUGAAGGGAGCCAACGGGAUUCUGCCUCAUGUGGUGCUUGCUAGUACAUUGGUGGCACUUAUCUAUCCACCUUCUUUUACUUGGUUCACAACCAGGUAUUAUGCUCCUGCAUUAGGAUUUCUAAUGUUUGCAGUUGGGGUUAAUUCAAGUGAAAAGGAUUUUCUUGAAGCAUUCAAUAGACCAAUGGCUAUAUUUGCUGGUUAUGUUGGCCAAUUUGUUGUGAAGCCUCUCCUGGGAUAUUUGUUUGGUACAAUUGCAGUAACAAUUUUUGGUCUCCCAACUGCUAUAGGUGCUGGAAUCAUGUUGACUUCUUGUGUUAGUGGAGCCCAGCUCUCAAAUUAUGCUACUUUUCUAACAGACCCGCCAAUGGCCCCUCUAAGCAUAGUUAUGACAUCAUUAUCCACAGCAACGGCAGUUUUUGUCACACCAAUUCUGUCACUGUUGCUUAUUGGAAAGAGAUUGCCUGUUGAUGUAAAAGGAAUGGUGUCCAGUAUUUCGCAGAUUGUAGUUGCACCCAUUGCUGCAGGCUUGCUUUUAAAUAGGUUCCUUCCCCGAAUUUGUAAUGCUAUUCGGCCAUUUCUGCCUCCACUAUCAGUACUUGUGACAGCUUGUUGUGUUGGAUCACCGCUUGCUAUUAAUGUAGAAUCUGUUUUGUCCCCUUUCGGUGUAACUGUUUCAAUGCUCAUUAUUGCAUUUCACUUCACGGCUUUUGUCGCUGGUUAUGGCCUCUCUGGCCUUGUUUUCCAUGAGGCACCUGAUGUAAAAGCACUCCAAAGGACACUAUCAUUUGAGACAGGGAUGCAAAGUAGUCUUCUGGCUCUUGCACUUGCAAAUAGGUUUUUCCAAGAUUCACUUGUGGGAGUGCCUCCAGCAAUCUCUGUUGUAAUCAUGUCUUUGAUGGGAUUUGCACUUGUCAUGGUGUGGGCUAAGAGAAAAGAACCAGAAGCGAUUAUAGCUAUGAUUUUGGUGUGGAAAUAUGGGGAGCAACCUGGAUUUGAAUCUUGGAAGGGUCUCUCUUGGGGUAUGGUACCCCUGCUUGGUGGAGCAUUCUGUGCAUGCACAUGGCAUUUCUUUUAUAACUCUGAGUCUCUUGAGGUAUUGGUGGCUCUUCAAGCAGCAUUAACGGUUCUGGGUAAUGCCACAAUGUGUAUUGCUGCAUUCCGCAUAUACCAGUCAUCACAGGAACGUUCCAAGAAUCUGUAAAGCUUCUGUAUACGCAUUUUGUAUAUACGUAUGAAUGGAUCUCCUCCCCUGUUUUCUGCCUUUCAGACAGGAAACAGGAGAUGGGAACCAAGCUGGAAGCUUCCUCGUUUAUGAUGACAGAAGGAUUUUCUAGAAACACUUGCAUGUAUGAACAGGAGGUUGUUUUUCUGUCUUAGGGUUGUUAGAGGAUGGUUCAAAGGUGACAGACAAAAGUCAGCAAGCCUGAGCUAUAUCUAUAAGCAAGGAAUACUCCUCCGUCCUGUGUCUGCUUUGUCAAAUAACGCGGAUUGACCUUAAGCCUCUCUAGUUGCACCGAUAUGCAAUAUUUCCUUUUCAAAGUUUUGGAUUCAUCAUCAUAUUUGCCGCAUCUGUAGACUUUCUGGCUCCUGUUACUUGCUCUUCUUUAGAAACUCAUGUAAAACUAUAAUCCUCUUAUGACUAAGAAGAAAUGGUUGUACCUGUUCAAAGUUCAAACCCGUUUGGUAUGAAACAUCCCUCUACUUUCUUCUAAGGA